UCGCUACAUUCGUCGACCUUACUUUGACUUUGUCGAGUUGAAGCAUAUCGAUGAUACAAGAUUUAGAAAGGUAGUCAAGAAUUCUGUGACUAGGUCGUACGCCAAACACGGUCCAUUACAUUUAGGGAACGUUAUUGAUGUAUUGGAAAUUAAAGGUGAAAUAGAAACAAGGUCAAUAUAUUUAAAUUUCAAAGCCAUGGCGUUGAAUAAGCUCAGCAUCGAUAAAGUGGAUCUUACGGAUAAACGUGUUCUCAUACGGGUGGAUUUCAAUGUGCCAUUGAAAGAUGGCAAAAUAACAAAUAAUCAGAGAAUCGUUGCUGCAUUAGAUACAGUGAAAUAUGCUCUUGAAAAAAAAGCAAAGUCGAUUGUUUUAAUGUCUCAUCUGGGACGUCCUGAUGGGAAACCGGACAUGAAAUAUACCUUAAAGCCAAUCGCGGAGGAAUUAAAAUCUUUACUAGGAAAAGAGAUUUUAUUUUUGAACGAUUGCGUUGGACCCGAGGUUGAAGCAGCUUGUGCGAAUCCUGCAUCCGGUACUAUUAUUUUGCUUGAAAAUUUAAGGUUUCACGUGGAAGAAGAAGGCAAGGGAGUCGGACCCGAUGGGAGUAAAAUAAAAGCAGAUAAAGACAAAGUAUCAGAAUUUAGAAAAUCAUUAAGGAAAUUAGGGGACGUAUAUGUUAACGAUGCCUUUGGUACUGCCCAUCGUGCUCACAGUUCUAUGCUCGGAGAAGGGUACGAAACAAGAGCAAGUGGUUUCCUUUUGAAAAAGGAAUUAGAGUAUUUUGCUAAAGCAUUGGAUAAUCCGGAAAAACCAUUUUUGGCGAUACUAGGAGGUGCAAAGGUCGCGGAUAAAAUACAACUGAUUAACAAUUUGCUGGAUAAAGUUGACGAAAUGAUCAUAGGUGGUGGAAUGGCAUAUACUUUUUUAAAAAUAUCGAAAAAUAUGAAGAUCGGUAAUUCGUUAUUUGACGAAGAGGGCUCAAAAAUCGUUAAUGAUUUAUUAUUGAAAGCUGAAAAGAAUAAGGUUCAAAUUCACCUACCUGUCGAUUUUGUUACUGCGGAUAAAUUUGCGGAAAAUGCAGUUGUCGGUUCGGCUGACUUAGAAAACGGCAUUCCUGACGGUUGGAUGGGCUUAGACGUUGGACCAAAAUCGAGAGAAUUAUUUAGCGAACCAAUCAAGAGAGCAAAAGUGAUUGUAUGGAAUGGUCCAGCAGGCGUGUUUGAAUUUGAGAACUUUAGUAAAGGUACAAAAAGCCUCAUGGAUAAUGUUGUAGAGGCAACCACACGAGGUGCUAUUACCAUAAUUGGAGGUGGUGACACAGCUACGUGCGCUGCUAAAUGGAAAACUGAGGAUAAAGUAAGCCACGUAAGCACUGGCGGCGGUGCGAGCUUAGAACUUCUCGAAGGAAAAGUUUUACCGGGAGUCGCGGCACUUUCUUCGCUGUAAUUCGAAUCAAACUAGCAACGUCUGGAUUCCGAAAAUUUACUUGAUAUCUAGACUUUAAAAACGUUUACUAUGUUCAAUUAUCAGGCUGGUAUUUAUAUCUAAUAAUAAUUCUACAGUGACGUAGAUAAGUAAAAAAAAAGUAGUUUCUGAUUUUGCAUCGAAAUAACGAAUGCUACCACACGCUACCUUUUCGUACAAUUACUUGCCAUUGAAUUUUUUUCUAAUCAAAUUGUAUCAAAACCCCAUUGUGUAAUAUUUUCAAACUGUACCGUACAAUUAAAUAGUUGAACCGUGAAAAGAAGAAAAUCGUAAUGACCAAGUAUCUACCAAUAAUUAUAUGAGUAACAUAUUAUGCAUAGGCGAUACAAUGUAAACAUACCUUCUGCAAUAAAGUAUUCAGUGUAAUUAUUUAAAUA